AACCCCAUUGAAUUUGAACUCUACUCCACCUUCUCCUAUUUAUAUGCCUUCCUCUUAGAUCCAUAGACCUCAUCUCCAACCUCCCAAAAACACUCACUUCCAAGUCAAGCUUAUACUCCAUGGCCAAAGCUGGUCACUUCUUUCUGCUCAGUCUCAGUAUGUUUCCACUUUCCUUUCUCUAGUUUAUACUUGUUCUCACUUUCAAAGCUUUUCUCAAUCCAACUAUGCAUGCAUUCUUCAUUGUUCAUUAGUAUCCCUUCUUCAACUCCUCCAUCUUUUCUAAUAUCCAAACAUAGUUCAUGAAAACUUUAUCUAUAGACUGUAAAGCUCUCUCUUUCUCUUUCUCUUUCUCAUAACAAAGAAGUAGCUAGAGCUUGCAAAUCAAAAGCCAUAUAUAUAUAUAUAUAUAGAUAUAUACUUAUGAAGAUCAUGGUGUCAAUGAAAUGAGAAGCAACACAAGAGAAUAUAUGAUGAAACUAAACCCAAAGAGAGUAUGGGUCCCCGGACCCUUGAUAGUAGGAGCAGGACCUUCAGGGUUAGCAACAGCAGCAUGCCUUAAAGAGAAAGGAGUGCCAUCUCUGAUACUAGAGAAAGAAGACUGCAUAGCUUCUUCAUGGAAACUAAGAACCUAUGAACGUCUAAGGCUUCAUCUCCCCAAACAAUACUGUGAGCUUCCUCACAUGCCCUUCCCCCCUGGCUUCCCUACUUACCCUACAAAACAACAGUUCAUAAACUACUUAGAAGCUUAUGCUCAGUGUUUCUCUAUUGAGCCUUUGUUUGGCAUGGAGGUCAAGUGUGCUGAGUAUGAUCAUAGUAUUGGGUUCUGGAGAGUUCAAGCUAAUGACUUGGAGUUCAUCUGCCGAUGGCUUGUCGUUGCCACCGGAGAGAACUCGGUGCCUGUUGUGCCGGAUAUAAUUGGUUUUGCAGACUUCCAUGGGAGAGUUCUUCACUCUAGCUCUUACAAGAAGGGAGAUGACUUUGAGGGUGAGAAGGUUUUGGUUGUAGGCUGUGGGAAUUCAGGCAUGGAAGUUUGCUUGGAUCUCUGCAACAAUCAUGCUCAUGCUUACAUGGUAGUCAGAGGCAAGUUACAUAUCUUGGCAAGAGAGAUAUUUGGAAUAUCAACCUUUGGGUUAUCAAUGUGGAUGAUGAAAUGGUUUCCUAUGAACUUUGUUUAUAGUUUAUUGCUCUUCUUUUCAUGGAUGAUUCUUGGAGGCACUGAGAAACAUGGACUUGUUAGACCCAAAGUUGGCCCCUUGCAACUGAAGAUGACCUCUGGGAAGCCCCUAGUUUUGGGUAUUGGAACUUUUGCAAGGAUCCAGAGUAGUCACAUAAAGGUGGUUCCAGGUAUAAACAAGUUUGUGGAGAAUGGAGUUGAGUUUGUAAAUGGAAAGCAUGAAGAAUUUGAUUCAAUAAUACUGGCAACUGGUUACAAGAGCAAUGUGCCCUCAUGGCUUAAGGAAAGUGAAUUCUUCAGUGAACAAGAUGGUCAGCCAAAAGCACCGUUUCCAAACAGUUGGAGAGGAAAGAAUGGGUUAUAUGCAACAGGAUUCACCAAGAGAGGUUUGCUUGGAGCUUCUAUUGAUGCACAGAGGAUUGCAGAGGAUGUUGCCAGACAAUGGAACUUCAAGACAUGGCACUUCUCUCUGGAGUUUUAGACACUGUUGUCUGUAUGUAUAACAGUAGAAGACCAUUAGUAACUAGUUUUCACAGUCAUGGUUGUAUGAAAUACAUCAAAUUAAGACAAACAAGUAGCAGUAGCAUCUCAAAAGUAUGUAUAUAUUUGGCUUUUUUUACUACAACUCACCUCUGGGGAAAAAAAAGAAAAA